AUGAACUCUAAGAACGUGAUGUCUCGGUUGUUGGUACUUUCGUCCGUUGGUCUUGGUGGUUACUUGACUGGUUCGUACAUCGAACGGCGGAAACUGGCGCCGAUGAGUGGUUAUGUAAACACCGGCAAAACGAAGGAACUGUUCUGUUCUAAACCGGCGCUUCCCAUCUUUGGAACGGUGUCAGCUGCGACUCCUGUCCCUGCAGUUAGUCCAACAUCUGCGCCGGUUAACGUUAGCCGUGUCGGUCAGAUUAUGAAAUAUGGAUUUCCCGGCAUGGAUAACAUUCGGUCAUUCGAUGACUAUGUGCUCUCAUACGAUCGGAGAACACGUGUUGCACACUGGGUUUUUGAACAUCUUACGCCAGAUACAGUGAAACACAACGAUGGUGUUGACCGUGCGAAAUGUGAUUUCAAGCCAGACGAAAGUGUUCAUCCGUUCUUCCGCUCGCUAAAUACCGACUACAAGGGAUCCGGUUUCGAUCGAGGACAUUUGGCAGCAGCUGGAAACCAUCGCAUACAGCAGAAGCACUGCGAUCAGACAUUUUUCCUGUCCAACAUGGCCCCGCAGGUCGGGGUUGGAUUUAACAGAGACAAAUGGAACCAUCUGGAGCGAUAUGUUCGAAAGUUAACUAAACAGUACCCAAACGUGUACUGUUGCACGGGACCCUUGUAUUUACCACACCGUGAAGGCGAUGGCAAGCUGUACGUGAAGUAUCAGGUGAUCGGAACCAACAAUGUUGCUGUGCCCACGCAUUUCUUCAAAGUGCUAGUCAUGGAAACGACCGACGGUCGUUUGGAGAUGGAAUCCUACGUGUUGCCGAAUCAAAAAAUUGAUGAUGGCACACCGUUGACCAUGUUUCAGGUACCACCGGAAACCAUAGAACGUGCAGCCGGUCUGCUGUUUUUCGACAACGUAGCCAGGAAUAAACUGUCGAAGAUAAACGGAAAAAAACCGUAAGAAGAGAUUGUAGUCAAAUCCAGCUUAGUUUAAAAUUGACAAAAAAUACU